AUGGGACGUCAACGUUUGGGCGCAUCGACAGCUAUCAAAUGGGUGCUUGCCGACAACGAGGCGGGCCCUCUUCGUGCGACCGAAGGCGCAGGUGAUGUGCUGGCGGGUGUACCCCAGGAUCAACCACUGAACAUCGUGACGAUAGUAGGCAACGCCAGGAAGGGAAAGUCUUUUCUCAUGAAUCAGCUAACGGGUCAUGAUGGGAUGUUUCGUGCAUCAGCGAAUACCGAGCCUUGCACGGCCGGAGCCGACCUCUCCUCAAUCGUCAUGUCACUCACCGACUUUCGAAGAGGUUCCGGCAGCAGCAGCAAGGCUUCUGGGCCCUCACCUUCGGAACCAGCGAUUGUUUUCGUGGACAUGGAGGGUCAAGGCGACAAGUCCACUGAUCACGACGUGCGACUGGCAACCCCGUUCUUGUUGGUUUCCAAGGUCGUAAUUUACAACUGGAUGUCUCUUCCGAACAAACACCGGAUGCUUGAAGAACUAGAGGUGAUGGUGCAAGCGGCUGACAAGGUGUCUACUCAAAACAACAAGGGGGAACGUGACUUCGGCCACCUCAUCAUUUUGAUGCGAGAUGUGGGUAGAGCAGAGAGUGAGUCAGACAGGGCCGAAGAAGUCAGGAGGCUGGUCCUCGACAGCGAGCAGGCAGGAGCUGGCAGAACGAAGCUUGCUGACAGGCGCGCUAUGGACGAAAGGAACACGAUCCGUGAUGGACUACGGGAAGGUUUUGCGAGCAUCACUAUUCACGCGAUGCCCCGCCCCCAUCCCGACUGCGGAGAUCGAGUGGUGGCCAAGGCAGAAAUCGAUUCCAAAUUCAACGUUUCGGUAGACCAACUACGGGACAUCAUCGCAGGACACCUCGGGACACCCCACACCUUCGCGGGAAAGAAAAUCGCUGGUGGAACGCACACACACGAGAUUGUGGACGGCCUGUGCGCGGCGGUGAAUUCAACAGAGGAUGUCUCGCCUCCAAGCGUGCUCGAAGCCAUAUACAUCAGGCGGGCCGCCCAAGCCGUCGCGGAUGCUCUGGUCACCUUCGACGAAACGUUGACAUCUGUGUUCGGUGAUAAUUUGGUGCUCAGCACGCAGGACAUCAAAUCGGCAAUUGAAGGCGCUCGCGUUUACAGUUUCGAGGAAUUUGGUGACGCCACAAAGGGCAUCUCGGACGACAUCGCCCAAGCACACCGCACCGCGCUGGAGAAGCAAAUGUUACCCAAGGCCGAAGUUGUGCUUCGAAACCAAGAAGAGAAGCGCCGCGAGCUCGACAACAAACUGGAGGCCAUGGUUCACGAGGCCAAAGCGUCCAUCUCCAAGAAGGUUGGGGAGUUGGACAUCCCCAUGGAGGAUGCAGCUCUCGUCAAGAAAUGGGACGAACUCGUCAACUCCCAUUUUGAAGACCUUGAAAACGACACAAAGAAAAUGGUGACGCUGGACGACACCAUUGACGAAGACCUCCUGGCCGAACUCAAGUGGUCCGUGUCAGAAGCGAAAUUUAAGGAGCUCAUCGAAGGCAUACACGAGCACGUACAAGAGCUCAACCGCAUGGCAAUCGAAGGCAAGAACAAUGCUCUUGCAAAGGAGCAGGCGGAAGAAAAGGCGAAGGAAUUUGCAGGCAAGGCAGAAGCCUUGUCACAGGACGUGGCCAAGGCCAACAAGCGAGCGGAGCAAGCACGCGAAGCAGCCGCCCAAGCCACCGAGCAGGCCAAACGGGAUGCGGCGGCCCAGAUCUACCAAGCUCAGAUGACGGCAGCGAUGCAGAUGCAAAGCGCCCAUCAAUCAUCAUGCAUGCCUGAGGCGCAAAGUAAGGGAACGACCCGGUCGCGGUCGCGGCCCGCCGCCGGCAAGGGUCGCGUCCGAACUUUCUAUAAAGGAGGGCAGUUUAUCCCCGGUGGCGGGCACGCUCCCAAGGGAGGGGGGUACUACUGGAAGAAAGUGUAA